AUGUUCAAAGAGAUUGCAUGGACAGCAGGUGUCGGUUGGUCUCUCUUCUAUAUUUAUGCAUGGGCUCACAAUGAUUUUAAAAGCACUUUCACCAUUGAACGAUCCGUUGAAAUUCAAGACUCUGCUGAACGUGUCUUUUCCCACAUUCUCAACUCCACGAAUUAUCCUCUCGGAAUGGUUCGUUCAUGGAAAGGUAUUGAGCCAGAAAAGGAACUUCUCAAGCAAUUGAAUCCUCUUCUUGAACAUGAGGAAAACAAGUUAAAAGUUGGAGAAACUAAAUUUCAGGUCGACUUGAUCACUUUGGGUCUUGUGGAUGUGAUCCUCUCUCAUUGGAGUGUCGAUACCCAUUCGAAACAACAUUUCAAAUUUGGAUGGAUUGGAACGAGUAUUCAUGAGAAAAACUUUUGUGGAGAUCAUCAAUUUGAAGUCAACGCUAAAGGUCCCAGUCGAUGUGAACUCGUUCAUAGAGAAGAUAUUUCUGGAUUUUCAACACCACUGGCAAGAUUGUUUCAUGAGUGGACUGGUUAUAUUCAUUAUUAUGAAAAAUAUUUGCGAGAGGUGAAAGCACAAAUUGAAAAAUGA